GCUCGGAUGUGAGCAGCCGUUUCUUUGGGGGGAGCGUUGCGUGACAUCCCAAAAAACGGCUGCGGAGGAGACUACUGUAGAAUGGGAGGACUACAGCAUUGGAAAGGCGACCUCCACUACCGACCGUUUUUUGUGGCGCGCCAGGAUGUCUGCCGCCGCCAACUAAACGAAAAAAAAGAGUAAUACACCGAGGCCAGUGAAAAUUUAUAACAAGGACAUCAUCUGCCUUCCUCAUGAACUGGGCGACAAUGUCCUCAUUCCGAUUCCUCGCGGAGAGAAAAGGUCGAAACUAGCGGAAAUGGGCCUUAUUGGGAAAAUAGCAUUACACUCUGUAUGGCAAGCUGCACAAGUAGAGGCAGAAGUCAGCAGCGUUUUCGCCUCUGCGUUUGGCCUGUCUCAGGGCGAAGUAUUGCCUUAUAUCUAUUUGAGGUACCACACUCACUGGGUUUUGUGUAGCCUGCGAAAGUAGACGGAUUUACUGUGGUUGUGUGAAACAACGACCGGGAAUCCGUCUGCGUUCGCAGACUAGGUUUGGUGUUGUUAACAACUGUCAGAUGUGUGUCUAAUUGACUGAUGGCUUUGUUCACCGUUUUUCUUUUCCCUCAGUACUAUGGCAGGAACCAAAAAGUUAACAGUCCCACAAACGUCGAGUUCUUUUCAAUGGAACGCUCCCGAGGUUGUCUCUCUGUGCUCACAGAGAUCUCUAUACAUAAUGGCAAAGAGACUUCCAUUGAUGUAGCCAGGUGAAAAUGAUGACCCAUACCAGCUUACCAUAUACGACAGUAUGCCUGAUUUGCCAUCUCAGUUGGAAAUUUCAGAUACCACAAGUACACGGGACACUUCCGGUACCACAAGCACAGCAAGCCCUGCGAGCACUUCAAGUUCUAUGAGCACGAUAAGUGAUGCACGUACUGAAAGUACUUUAGACAAAACAAGUACCACAGGAGGCGGAAGCACUACAAGCACUACAACAAGUCAAAGUGAGCCGGGUUCUUACAGCUCUUAUGUCACACUACUGAACGACGACCCUUUUCCAAACCUCAGUGACGAGGAAGAGGAGUACCAACGGGACGUACUGCUUGCACUGGAGCUCAGCGCAAGAGACAGCAAUCCUGGACGAGACCUGGAGGAAAUACUGCAGGAGUUAAGAACAGCUCGAGUCAAUAAUGAGGGGAGAACCAUAGUCAAUGUUAGGCACGGUCACAUCUGGGAAGAUUCCUGCCGAUGUUUGCAGAGGAAACGUUUCAGUCCAGGCGCAAUCAUUUCCGUCUGUUUCGUGGACGAUUUUGGGAACAGCGAAGGUGCCGUUGACAUCAGUGGACCUCGCAGGGAAUUUCAUCGUUUGCUGGUAAAGGCCGCGAAUGAACAUUCAGGGAUUUUUGGUGGACCAGCAGAUAGACGCGUUCUCGUGCCCAACUCAAACGCAAGGGAAAAGGGACACUAUCGCCUUGUGGGUGUAAUUUUGGCCUGGUCACUUGUACACGGAGGCCCCGGUGGCAGCUUCCUGAGCCCAACUCUGUACCACGCCAUAGCACACGGUGUCGACUUCACUAAGGCAGACGUCAACGACAUCCAUGACGAUCGGUUGUCGGACUCCCUGUCAAAGAUAGCAACCGCAAACGACAUAGAAGAGCUCAACGCAGUUUUACAGGAUGUCCAUGUUCAGGAAAUUUUGCUUGCGCUAGGGUCCAAGACACAAGCAACCAACACCGGUGAAAAGGACCACUUCGUAAAAAUAAUUUCUCGCCACGUCCUUUUGGAUAGUUCGCGAUACCUUUUGGAAGAACUGAUAAAUGGUUUGUGCGCAUUGGGGGUAUACGAAAAAAUAAAAGAAAAUCCCAAAGAAUUCGCAAAGUGCCUGUGUCGCUCCGACAAACUCCUAACGGCGGCUAUGGUGGACGCCUUGUUCCACAUCGAAUAUGCCGAACCAAGGUCAAACCGUUACGUAGCCCAGCAGAGGGCAAUUGUGUACUGGAGAGAUUAUCUCCAAGACUGUGAAGGUAAGUUACCAUACAAUAUAGUAAAUUGCUUGCAACGUUGCAAUGCACCUAAAUUAAAUUAUUACUACAAAUUAUGCAUUCUUUCUCCUUACUUAGCCUAA